UUUUUAAUUAAUUUAUUUUUUAAGGCAGGUCAAUUCCCAUGUUUCACCUUUGGGUGUCGCUAUUAAAUCAUAAACCGAAAUGCCUUUGUACCUUCACGGACAAAGCUUUUGUUUGUUGAACCGAGCAGAGAAUCAUUUGGAUCAGAUGCGACAGGAGAUGGAGCCGAGCUGCGCCUUUUCCAUUUACAAGAAAUAGAAAGGAAAAUACAACAUUUAGGUUGGUAUAUGCGUUGGAUAAUGAUGAAGACCGACAGGAGAAGUGGAUCCCGGGAUUUCUCUCGGAUUUCUUUUCCUCUUUGUCUGCUGCUGUUUGUCGGAAAGCAGGCUUUGGCUGAAAUAAGGUACUCUGUUCCCGAGGAGGUGAAAGAAGGAACCGUUGUUGGAAAUGUUGCAAAGGAUCUCGGCUUUGACGUCACCUCUUUGACAAACCGACGGUUCCGUGUUGUUUCUGAAUCUGAGGAGGAUUUUUUUGAGGUAAAACAGGACAGCGGUGCUUUGUGUGUCCACAAGAAAAUCGACAGAGAGGAGGUCUGUCAGGGGAGCGGCGCAUGUCUAAUGGAGCUGAAAAUAAUCGUUGAAAAUCCUUUAGAGAUGCAUUAUGUUGCUGUAGAAAUUACUGAUGUUAAUGAUCACGCACCCAGUUUCCCUGAAAUGGAACAAACGUUUGAAAUAGCAGAAAAUACACAAACAGGAAAACGGUUCCAGCUGUACACUGCUCAUGAUCCUGAUGCGGGAAUGAACUCCAUUCGUUCUUAUACUUUAAAUUCAAAUGAUCAUUUUGAAGUGGAUUUACGUCAAAACGACGAAGACAGAAUGUUAUUUUUAGUGCUGAAGAAGCCGUUAGACAGAGAACAGAAAAAUAAACACUCACUGUUGGUUACAGCUGUUGAUGGUGGAAAACCUCAAAGAUCAGGGACACUAAAUGUGACCAUUAUUGUUCUUGACAGUAAUGACAACCGUCCAACAUUUGCACAAGAGUCUUAUGAAAUUUCGAUAAAUGAAAACAUUCCAGUCGGUACUUUAAUCUUUAAAAUGAAUGUCUCAGAUGCUGAUGAAGGAACCAAUGGAGAAAUUGUAUACAGCUUAUCAAAAACUUCAAAACGCAAAAUUUUUGACCUUUUUGAUUUGGAUAUGCGAAGUGGUGAAAUUAGAUUAAAAAGAAUGUUAGAUUAUGAAGAUAGUGAUGUUCAUAAACUGGGUGUUGAGGCAUCAGAUAAAGGAACACCUCCGUCAUCAGGUGAAUGUCGAGUUAUUGUAAAGAUAAUAGACAUCAAUGAUAAUCCACCUCAAAUAGAAAUCACUUCCCUGUCAGAUACAAUGUCUGAGGAUUCAAAACCUGCACUAAAAAGUUUUGACUUUGAAACGCUGAAAAGUUUCCAGUUCCAAGUUGUGGCCACAGAUUGUGGAACUCCAUCACUGAGCAGCAACGUGACAGUGAACGUGUUCAUUCUGGAUCAGAACGACAACCCUCCAGUCAUCCUGUAUCCAGUCAGUGCUAACGGUUCUGCUGAAGGUGUGGAGGAGAUUCCCCGAAAUGUGAACGCAGGUCACUUGGUGACUAAAGUCAGAGCCUAUGACGCUGAUAUAGGAUAUAACGGCUGGUUACUGUUUUCACUGCAGGAGCUUACUGACCACAUUCUGUUUGCUUUGGACCGCUAUACAGGACAGAUCAGAACACUUCGCUCAUUCACAGAGACAGACGAGGCUGAGCAUAAACUGGUCAUACUGGUCAAAGACAAUGGGAACGUUUCACUCUCAGCAACAGCUACUGUGACUGUCAAACUUGUGGAGCCCAAAGAGGCUUUUGCAGCUUCUGAUGUUAAAGGUUCAGCAAAAGAUGAAGAGGACAAUAAUGUGACUUUUUAUCUCAUGAUCACUUUGGGCUCGGUUUCAACACUUUUGCUCAUCAGUAUCAUUGUGCUGAUUGCCAUGCAGUGCUCCAAAAGCACAGACUAUUCCUCCAAGUAUUUGCAAGAAGCAAAUUACAAUGGAACUCUGUGCAACAGCAUCCAGUACAGAUCUGGAGAGAAGCGUUACAUGUUAGUUGGACCCAGGAUGAGUAUUGGAUCUACUAUAGUUCCUGGAAGCAAUGCAAACACUCUGGUUGUUCCUGACAGGAGGCAGGCAUCUGCAGAGAUGCAAACCUUCUGUGUUGAGGACACCGUGUAA